UAGUUUCAACCAUAUAUAAAAAACAUGGACGCGAUGGAUGUUUGCUCUGCCAAUAAAAAUCGUUUAAAAAAAUUAAACAAUUUGUUUUCAAAAUUCUCUGAUGUGGCUAUUCGCAUAAAUGAAUUGAACAGUUCAAUCAUACCGUCGAACGUAUCAAACGAAACCCGAAACGCCUUAUUCGCAAAAUAUGGGAACGAAUCAAUGGAACAGAAGGCUGAGUAUAGUGGCGAGCUAAAUGCUUUCAAUGUGGCACAUCGGAAUGCAUGGACCACGCAAAAUGACUGGAAUAAUAUUUCGGGCACAAACAACUCGUAUGAUGGUAUGAAUAUGAUAUCUAUUAACGGCGGAUGUUAUAAUGAACAAGACUUGCCGUCGUGUACACGCAACUUGGAUUAUGUCAGCGGCCAGGAAAUUGUAGAAUUGGAUGUUGGUACCCGUCGUAAUACCUAUUUGAAAGAAUCACAAGUCGUUAGCCGUGUAAUGGAUAUUGAAGUGCGAGACGAUUCCGCAUUCAUAGAAGAACGCUUAGAACGGAUUCUGAACAAAGAGGAAUCGGGAAGUCUAAAGAAUUACUUUUACUAUCUCUAUGAUGAAACUGAUUCAUUGGACCGAUUUUCGGAUGCGGGUACCGGAAAUCAAAUUAUACACCAGACAAAAGCUGGAGCCGAUGCGAGUGACACGGAAACGCCCACAGUUGAUAUUUCGGACUGUGAUUCGAAUUCGUGUAUCGCAAACGAAAUCGGCAGCACAGAAUGGAGCGAAGAGCAAGCAAGUGACUCCGAAAUGCUCACAGUUGAUAUUUUGGACUCCGAUUCGAAUUCGUGUAUUGCAAACGAAAUAAGCAGUCCUGAUUUCAGCGGAGUGUGGUAUACUUCCGAAACUAUUGUCGAAGCAACCGACACAGCAACGCUUGGAAUCGACGUUCGAUCUGAAAAUCAACAGAAAUCCAUGCAAUCAUAUAACGAACCAUACCGCAUGAAGGGGAAGCCUGGUCGAGGCUGUGACAAAAGUAAAAUGUUUGUCUCAACCUCAAAUAUGGGCCCCUACACAAAGAAGUAUUGUUGCUGUUAUUGUUUGAAGCGAUAUUAUAAACUAGAUAGACACUUGGCAACGGUACAUAAGGACGAAGAAGAUGUGAAAACAUUCGUAGCUCUGCCCAUAGCGUCGAAAAUGCGUGGAGCAGCUAUUGCCAAAUUGAGAAGAAAAGGUCGAUCCACAUGGAAUUCAGAUGCUGAACUUAAUAAAGGUGAUUUGGAUGUUUGUCGUCGUCCGAAUGAAAUAUAUCAAAGAAAUGCGAUGGAAUUUGAAGAGUGUGAAGCCUGUGGAGAGUAUUUACGAUCAACUGGCAUGAGGCGUCACUGGAACGUUUGUACGGGUAAUCCUCUUCCUGGUGAGCGAUGCGUGAAAGAAUUCAGUCGCUUGGUAGAAGGCAGAUUACAUGUGGAAGCGUCUCAAGAUCUACACACUGUAUUUUCGGGAAUGAGUGACGACGAAGAAAUUGCGAUAAUUCGAUUCGAUUGGAUAGUAAUUGCAUACGGAAAUGACCUCUGCAUUAACUUAUGGCGCGAUUAUCAACUAAGAGUGAUUAAAACCAAGUUGCGAAAUGCUGGAAAGCUGCUAAUUGCCUCGAAGUCUAUAUGUCCAGACAUAACUGAUGUCGCUUCGCUUUACCACGUAUCAAAUUGCAAUACUCUCGUUGGAGCUGUACGUAUGAUCGCAGGAUUUGAUUCAGACACGAAAGCAUUCAAAAGCCCUGGAACCGCUUCCACUUUAGUAACCCUGGUCAAUGCGAUUGGAGAAUUGCUGUUGAUUGAAUAUAUGAAACGAGACGACGAGGAAAAAGAAAAGGCGGUGGACAGGUUCUUAACUGUAUUCCAAAAAGAAGCGAGAAUCAAAAUAAACAAGGCUGUUGCCGUUACACAAUCGAAUGUGCGACGUGAAAACAUCGAAAUUAUACCCAGUACUGAUGAUGUAGGGAAGCUUGCGGAUUAUCUUGAUCGGGAACGGGUAGCAAGUUUUAUCAAAUUGAAACAUCAGUUUUCAUAUCAAGAUUGGUUACAGUUGGCAAAGCUCACGUUAAUGUCAGUGCUGGUCUAUAAUCGAAAGCGAGUUGGGGACACUCAGAACAUUUACGUCAAACAGUUUCAAAAUCGCCAGUUUAUUGCAGAUAUCAAAGACGACAUACCUCAAGAAAUAAGAGAAAAUGUUAAAAGCAAAAUGACUAUACGAGCGAAAUUGUGGAGAACAGUGUCAGUUCUAUUAAAGCACCAUUUCGACGAAUGCUUGGAGUUGUUAAUAUUUCACAGAAGCACCGCUGGUGUUCCAGUCAACAACACCUACCUCUUCGGGCUACCUUCAAAAUCUGGAAAAAUAUUGAAAAUCGACGCAUGUACGCUAUUUCGCACGUAUUCUUCAGCGUGUGGAGCAGAAGAUCCUGCAAGUUUACGGGGUACAAAGUUACGUAAACACUUCGCAAGCACGUGUGCUUCAUUGGACCUUACUGACAAUGAUGUAACUAAUGUUGCUAAGUUUAUGGGUCACAGCGACAAAAUCCAUCGAGACGUAUAUCGCCACAAUACAUUGCAUAGAGAGGUCGUUCAAAUAUCUAAUCUUUUGGAAAUUGCUCAAGGGCGUAGCAGUGUUGACAAAAUUACUGCCAAUGAUACCAUCGGAACUUCUAACACGAAAGGGAAAAUUCAAAGAAAACGAAAGCUAGAACGCACCGCUGCUGCCAAAAAGCCUCUAAAGAAGGCCAAAAUUGAAUUAUCCAAUGCAAAAACUGACACCAACAAGCCACAACGACGAAUAAAAAAUCAGAACUGCUCAAAUGAUAAAGUGAAAGUUCCCAAAAGAGGACUUAAUUCAAACCCGCAUGCACGAUCUUACAAAUAACCUGUGGUAAUUCAGUGAAAUGUCCAUCUGGAUUCAUUUGCAUGCCGAUUAUCGACUGGAUAUCUUUACUUUUUGUCUAAAAUAUUUUUUUGCUUUGUAUUCAAUAAUUCUCAAAAUUUCUGUUUUAUCAAUUUGUUAAACAAAAUAAAU